AUGGUAAUACGCAACGCUGCAGUGCGGCAUGGCCGCCGUCAAUUGGCCGCCCCUGUUGGCCGCUCCGUGCUCCUGCGCCAUCUCACGACCGCGACCGCCACGCCCACGACCCAAGCAUGGCCCGGCGCGCCGACCGAGCAGCCGCCUUCACCGCCGAAGCUCUUCUCCGCGUCCAAGAAGAAGCAGCGCCGCGACAAUGCCUCCAUCAGCCUUAGCACCAACACCGGCCACGAGCACCACGGGCCGCAGUGGACGCGGUCCCACCAGGGCCGCACCCCGAAGCAGCAGUACGCCGAGUUUGAGCGGGUGCAGCGGGCGACGCGGGCGACGGGCACGUUGCUCGAGCGGCGCUACGUGCCGUCGGAGCUGAUUGCGCACCCGCCCGCGCCCGAGGACGUGUCCCUGGAGCUGCUCCUGGCCUCGCAGACGCACAUGGGCCACAACACGUCGCUGUGGAACCCGGCCAACGCGAGGUACAUCUACGGCGCCCGCCAGGGCAUCCACAUCAUCUCGCUCGAGGCCACGGCGGCGCACCUGCGCCGCGCUGCCCGCGUCGUUGAGGACGUGGCGUACCGCGGCGGUCUCGUCCUGUUUGUCGGUAACCGCCCGGGCCAGAUGGAGAUUGUCACACGCGCGGCGGAGUUGGCGCGCGCGUGCCACUUGUAUACCAAGUGGAUUCCGGGGAGUAUUACGAACCGUGACGUGAUUCUCAAGAACAAGGGUGUCAAGGUGGUCGACGGCAAGGACGGGGAGCUAGAGGGGUUUGACGGGUACAAGAACAGCGCGCGCCCUCUGGUGCCGGACCUAGUUGUGUGCUUGAACCCCACGGAGAACUAUACACUGCUGUACGAAUGCGGGUUGGCAAGCGUGCCUACCAUUGGUGUCAUCGAUACCAAUGCCAACCCUACAUGGGUAUCAUAUACGAUUCCCGCCAACGACGAUAGUCUGCGAUCGAUUGCCGUCAUCGGCGGUGUGCUGGCCCGUGCCGGUCAGCGAGGCCAAGAGCGCCGUCUCGCCGAUGCCAAGAACGGCAACGUGACGUGGCAGACACCCCCAUCGCUGGCGAGCCAGAUCAAAAGAGACAUCAAGGUGGCUGUAAACCAGCGCAAGGAGGUCAUGGGCCGCAUGCAGGCCAACCUCGUAGGCUUCACCGAGGAGGAGCUCGAAAUUCUGCAGACCGAGUACGACGGCGCUGCCAAGUCGGUCAGCGAGGCGGACAUGGUCAACAUGAUGGCCGAGGCGUCCGUGCAAGAGACGGCCGAGGAAGAUGCGCCCGCCGCAGACCUGGCGAGCGACAUCGCGGCGCGUCUGGACCAGGCCAAGGGCCACGCUUCUGCACUCGAGGCUGAGAUUGCAGAGAUUCGCAAGUAA